AUGGGGUUCACCAUGUGGUGCCUGAUGAGCGUGCUGUACGCCCAGGUGGGGCACAUGGUGGCCAUUGAGGACGAGGUGGAGGGCCUGAGAGAUGAGGUGGCGGACCUCAAGGGGGAGCCGCGGCCCCCGCGUGUCGGCGCGACGCGCAAGGCGGCUGGUGCCGUCUCGUCGGCUGUGAAGGACGGCCUUUCCACAUGCGCCACGACCGUGACUCCCGGCGGUGGGGUGGACACGCCAGGCGCGGCCACGCCCGAGAGUAUGGGAGCUUCAACGCUGACUCGGAGGAGAGUGUAG